UUCAAUCUUAAAAAAUUUGAAAAUUUAAAAGAUUUAAAAAUGUCUGAGAAACCCAUCCUUCGCGUAGCCGUGACCGGAGCCGCUGGUCAGAUUGCGUAUUCUCUGCUCUAUCAGAUUUCUAGUGGAUAUGUCUUCGGAGAAGAUCAGCCCUUGGCUCUUCACCUCCUUGAUAUUGCUCCAAUGAUGGGAGUUCUUAACGGAGUUGUUAUGGAGAUUCAGGACUGUGCAAUGCCUCUGGUGAGGGAUGUAGUUGCUACCGAUGAUCCCAAUGUUGCCUUCAAGGAUAUUGACGCAGCUUUCUUGGUCGGCGCUAUGCCUAGGAAGGAAGGUAUGGAGAGGAAGGACCUUCUUGCAGCUAAUGUUAAGAUUUUCAAGGUUCAAGGACAGGCUCUGGAUCAGGUUGCUAAGAAGACCGUGAAGGUGAUGGUUGUAGGAAACCCUGCCAACACAAAUGCUCUAAUCUGCUCUCACUACGCUCCUAGCAUACCAAAGGUUAGAAAAAUCCUUUUAACCGGAGCUGCUGUUUAUGAUAUUAAGAAAGUAACCAUCUGGGGGAACCAUAGUUCCACACAGUUCCCAGAUAUGGAACAUGCUACAGUUAAAGGUCAGGCAGCAGCUGAACUAAUCAAGGAUAAUACCUGGGUCCAGGAUACCUUUGUACCAACUGUACAGAAGAGAGGAGCAGCUGUCAUUGCCGCCAGGAAACUAAGCUCAGCCAUGUCAGCGGCAAAGGCAGCUAGUGACCAUAUGAAGACCCUGUUCUCCUCUACCCCUGAGGAUGACUGGGUAUCUAUGGGUGUUUUCUCCGACGGUUCCUAUGGAACUCCUGUCGGAGUCAUGUUCUCCUUCCCGAUCACUGUCAAGAACGGAGCCUGGUCUAUUGUGCAGGGAUUAUCUUUGUCCGACUUCGCCAAGUCCAAGCUUGCUCUGACUGGUGCUGAGCUCUGCGAGGAGAGAGAUGAAGCUAUGGCGGUCUGUCAAGCAUGAAGCCAGGGCACAACAGGCGCAAAGUUGUAGUUUGAGAAUGUGAAACCGGUUCUCUGUACAAAUAUAGUGUUUACUGUACAUAGUAAACUGUACUGCAUUUCAUCAUCGAUUCGCAUUCGUCUGUACUGCGAGCAAUAAUUUGAUUAUUUACAUUGUACAAUUUGUUUAAUAUGUCAACUGUAGAUGUUUGCCGUUUACCAUCUUCUUAAAGUUUACUGUACCAUGUACAAUGUACAGUGCACUACAGGUUUUGUACCACGUGCCUGUUUGUGAACCGUAGUCGUUACUAUAGAAAUCAUCAAAUCUAUUUUAUCAUUUAAUUCUUUGAUUUUAAAUUUAAUAUUGAAAUAUGA